AUGGCAAGAGGCGGCAACAAGAACAACUCUCAACCCCUUACCAUGGAGGAGAUGAUGGCCAUGAUCAAUGGCCUACGGGAGGAUAAUGCACGCUCCGGGGAGAGAGAGGAGGCCAUUCAGCGCGAGAACGAGGAGAUCAGGAGGCGAGCGGAUGAGUUACAGGCCAGAAUAGAGGCCAACACCAGAACGGUGGAGGAGGAUGUCAUGCUGGAAGUCCCAAGGGAUUUUCGGCCUUUCUCGGAAGCCAUAGAGGCCGAGGCCAUCCCUAGGGAUCAUCGAAUACCGCAGGUCGAACCCUUCGACGGAACGCAGGAUCCCAGUCAACACCUAACGGAUUUACGAGCUCAGAUGUUGAUUUGCGGGGGAAGUAUGGAGGUCCGCUGCAAGCUAUUCAUGGGAACACUCAAGAAGGCGGCGCUAGAUUGGUUCAGUGGCCUCCCUGACCGAUCCAUCACCGACUUCGAUGUUUUCAGUCGGAUGUUUAUGGCACAAUUCGCUGCUAACAAAAAGAAGCCGCCGAUCACGUCGGAUUUGUUCGACCUCAAGCAACAACGCGAGGAGUCUCUGAAAGAUUUCCUACAACGAUUUAACGAGGUCGCCUUGAGGAUAGCAUCGCUGGACGAGAGGAUGGCGGUCAUCGCUUUCCAGAAAGGUUUGAGGUCCGGAGCCUUCGACAUUGCGCUCGAAAGGGCGAAUUGUCAAAUGAUGUCGGAGGUGAGGGCUUUCGCCUUGAGCCACAUCAAGACGGAAGAGAAUCAGAUUAUUAAGAGGGCAGCUGAGAACCAUGAAACAGGGGGUAGCAAUAAGGAGGGAAACAAACAUCUUCGACCACGAUCAGACUGGAGUAAACGACGUGACCGAUACAACGUGAAGGAGGGCAACUACAGGCAGGCCGAUCACGGUGGUCGGUCAAGGGCCGAGUGGACGCGCAGCAAUGAAGAAGAGAAGUUUACUCCGCUCAUUGUACCCAGGCGACAGAUACUCCACGAUGUCAACAGCGCAUCGUUGUUUAGGUUCCCGGCGGCGACGGAGCGUCAGUUGGGCCCUUUCAAAACCGAUUGGUGUGAGUUCCAUAGGACUCACGGGCACUCAACUGAAAAUUGUUUCGUUUUGGGAAGACAGAUCGAGCGCUUGAUCAAGGAGGGACAUUUGAAAAAAUUCAUUGCAGGUAAGCAGGAGGAGGGCCCGUCCGACAGGCGACGUAAGCGUGAAGGAGAAGACACCAGAAGAGGAAGACACGAAGGAAGGUCUCCCCCGAGAGAUUCUCCUGAAAAAAGUGCAGAGACUCACCAGCAAGCCAUCCAUGGAGACUUUAACACUAUAGCGGGGGGUUUGCUGGAGGAGGCCCGACGUCAGCAGCACGGAAGAGAUAUUCUCGUUCCGUGUUAUCGGUCUCAGGCUGGGUGGGACCAACUCGGUCACCUAUCACCUUCUCGGACGCCGACUUCGAAGGUGUGUCCCCGCAUGAGGAUGACCCGAUAG